UCUCUGCUCUGCCCCGGCUGUGUGACAGCAUUCACAUUCCUGUCAGAUUUGUCAGCUCUCAAACAGACAGAAAGUGCCGAAAUGGAGUGACUGCUGCACCAGGCACUGACUAAACCUCUCUUUCUUUCUCUCUAGCACUGGACUGUUCUAGUUUUUCAAUUCAUCAUGUGUUUUUUGUGGUUUCACCCGGUUAGUAUGUUCCAGCGCCUCUUCUUCAGGCAGCCCCAUGGUACAGUAACACUUUCUAUGGGCAGCUUUUAUGUCUAGUCGAGUGAACUGCGGCGGUAAAUAGUCAGAAUGAACGUGUUUACAGUGUGUGUGUUGGUCUGCUUGAACUCGGAUACAUGUUUUGUUAGAAAGAAAAAUACAGAGGAAACAGUAAUGAACGUGUUUACAGGUGUUACUCAGGGCGACGUCGAGACGCUGGUGUUCUUUGAUCUGGAAACUACAGGACUAAACACCUCUGCAUGUGAUAUAGUUCAGCUGUCAGCCAUCUGUGGGAAGAGGACAUUUAAUGUCUACAUUUUCCCUCGCUGCAUUAUAGACGCUGGUGCCUCCAGAGUAACAGGCCUGACUACUCACGGAAAGCGACUUCUUCUUCGCGGACAGCCAGUGGAAACAGUCCCCUUAAGAGAAGCUCUUCAUUUGUUCAUCUCCUUUCUUAAAACGAUCAGCAGACCAAUUCUGGUGGGGCACAACUGUAAACAGUUUGACUGCCCUAUUCUGCUGCGCAUCCUAGAUGAGUUUAACUUGCUGGAGGAGUUUAGGGAUGUAGUGUCAGCUUACCUAGACACAUUGAUGCUUAGUAGGAAGAUGUUUCCAAACCUCCAGAAACGUUCACAGCCCUUCCUGGUCCAGCAUUUCCUCCAAAAAGCGUAUGAAGCUCAUAAUGCUAUUGAGGAUGUGCGAGCUCUGCAAGAGCUCUAUAGAGUUUGGAGGCCAAGCCACGACCUCGUAAAUCAUUGUAAAUUUAUCUUAUAGCUUAAAUUCAUCAGGGAGAGUGGGGUGAAUUCUAUGUUAGGUCAGUUGUAUAACUCUAAAACGCAUAAACCAUCUACAAUGCUGUAGUUGUGGCAUUCACUCUGCACAUGCUCAGUUGCAUUCCCUCUCUGAAAAUAAUACAGCACUAAAUAAUUGGUCACAAUCAUAUUUUAUGGUACAAAAGUAUUUUUUUUACCAGGAGAACAGUUCAUUUUGUAUGCAGUUGAAACCAAAAUAGACUGCAGCAGAUCAGUAUUUAGAUUGAU